CCAAUAUUAGUUGUCAAGAUUUAAUUACCAUAUACAUAAAAAGAGAGAGGAGCAACAAUAAGCAAUGUUGUACGUAUCGUACGAUACGACCCCGUAUCGUACGAUACGUAUCGUAUCGUUUGAAGAAAACGAUACGAUACACCCCUCGUAUCGUAAAAAGGGGGUGUAUCGGCCCUGUAUCGCACGUAUCGUACGAUACAGGGCCCGUAUCGUACGAUACGGGGCGAUACACCCCGUAUCGUACGAUACGGCCUAAAAACGCAAAAGGGGGCCGAGACCUACUUAUUCGGCUUCUUUUUCAAAUUUUUCUUCCGUUCUUCAUUUUUAACGCUUGGAUAGUGCCGUGAGGGAGGGCGAUCGUUCAUUUUGACCGUGAAGAACUUGAUUUUCAUCGUCAAAUCGAAGAUUAAGUGGUCGAUUUGUGCGUGGGUGCUUGAUUUUCGUGGGAAGGAAAGGGGUUUUCUUCAUUUCAGACAUUUCUUCUUCGUAAGGUAUGAAAUCUCAUGUUCUUAUAAUCGUAGAUUUGAAGACUUUGAGUGUUUUUCAUUAAGUUUACCAUAGGAUUUCGUUUUUUUUUUUGAAGAUAUGGAUCCUACAUGGCAAUGGUGCGAAAGGGUGAAGGAGAAUAACCGUUUGAAACUCAAAUGUGGCUUCUGUGGGAAUACACUUUCAGGAGGGAUUAUUAGAAUGAAACACCAUUUGGCAGGGACCUCCAAAGAUGCGUCUCCUUGUGUUGGAGGACCAAACAAACCUUUGCCUCCAUUUGUGCGUCAACAAUGUUUAGAUAUGCUUCAUGCUUUACGUCAAAAGAGAAUACAAAAAGAAAUUGAAGAUGCAGAUGUAGGCUAUAAUGUGCCUUUGGAAGAUGAAGAAGAAGAGGAUGAAGCUUAUGAAUGUGAUGAUGAAGACGAUAGCAGUCUAAGAACAGAUUUGGAGACCUCAAGAGGUAGAGAUCGUAGAGGAAAAGGGAUUAUGUAUGAAGGAGGUCGAUCUGGCAUAACGGGAAGGAAGAGGAGAGGCACAACAGAUGUUAGGGCCAGGCGUGGUAUGCGACCACCUAGUGGUAGAGUUCCUACUGGUAGGUCUAGUGUUGGCUCUAUUAAGAGUUUUUUCCCUUCAUAUACCAGCCCAGGUGGUCAGCCGCAGAUUCGUGCUGCUAUGACAUCUAAAGAUAUGCUAUAUCAUGCACAAAAGCAGGUAGGGAAAUGGUUUUAUGAUGCCUGUAUUCCAUUCAAUGCAGCUAAUUCUUUUCAAUUCCAAGCCAUGGCAGAUGCAAUUGCUUCUAUAGGCCCCGGAUUCAAAAUGCCAUCAUAUCAUCAGUUGAGAGGCAAAAUUCUUCAGGAUACAGUCAAAGAAGUGUCUGAGCAUUGCGAUGAGUUGAAAUUAUGUUGGAAGGAAACAGGUUGCUCCAUUAUGUCAGAUGGUUGGACUGAUACAAGGUCAAGAACACUUGUAAAUUUUCUUGUGUAUUGCCCUAAAGGUACAAUGUUCUUGAAAUCUCUUGACUUGUCUGAUGUUUCUAAGACUGCUGAGAUUUUAUUCAAUGUUUUUGAUAAUGUUGUACAAGAAGUUGGACCUGCAAACAUUGUACAGUUUAUUACAGAUAAUGCUGUAAAUUAUAGAGCUGCAGGAGAUUUGUUAUUUCAAAAGUAUAGAACAUUUUAUUGGAGUCCAUGUGCCACUCAUUGUGUUAAUCUAAUGCUUCAAGAUCUUAAUGAGAUGCAUGAUAUGAAAUCAGCCAUUGACCAAUGUCAAGAGGUAACAAAAUUUAUCUAUAAUCAUGCAUAUGUAUUGAGUUUGAUGAGAAAAUUUACAAAAGGUGUUGAAUUAAUACGACCUGCACAAACUAGAUUUGCCACAAAUGUAUUGACUGUGCAGAGUGUGGUGAAACAAAGAACUCCUUUGAGACAGAUGUUUGCUAGUGAAGAAUGGGCUGCAUAUCCACAUGCUCAUAAAAGAAAUGCUUCUUUAGUUGUGGAUAUUAUAUUCAAUAACGUAUUUUGGGAAUCAUGUGUGAAGCUAUUGAAGGUUUGUGUUCCAUUAGUUAAGGUUCUCAGGUUGGCUGACAGCGAGGACAGACCUUCUAUAGGGUACUUAUAUGAGGCUAUGGACAAAGCAAAAGAGGCAAUUCGAGACAACUUAAAGGAAAAGAAAAAGUUAUAUAUGCCCAUAUGGAAGAUUAUAGAUAAAAGGUGGACUGGACAGCUUCAUCAACCUCUUCAUGCAGCAGCUUAUUAUCUAAAUCCUGCAAUUAGAUUUUCUCCUACAUUUAAGAAGGACAGAGAAGUCAUGCAUGGUUUGUUAGAUUGUAUUAAUGUGUUAGUGGAAGAUUCUACAGAACAAGAUGCUGUGCACAAUGAGUUGGAUCUAUAUGAUAGUUGUUUUCGGAACAUGGGACUACCUGCCGCCGUUCGAGCCAGGACAACGAUGCGUCCAGAUUUGUGGUGGAAUAGGUAUGGGUUUGAUUGUCCAAACCUAGCACGUUUUGCAGUCAAAGUCCUCAGCCAGACAUGCAGUGCUAGUGGAUGCGAAAGGAACUGGAGUGUGUUCCAACAUAUCCAUAGCAAAAAAAGGAAUAGGCUCGAACAUAAAAGGUUGAAUGACCUUGUCUUUGUUCGAUAUAAUAUGAGGUUGAAACAAAGAGAAUUAGAAAAAUCAUUAGCAAGGAAGCACACAUCUCAGUUCGAUCCUAUCAGCUUGGAAAAUUUUGACGAUCUAGAGCCAUGGAUUGAAGAAGAACCAACUACAAUAUUUGAUGAUGAAGAUCUUGAAUGCUUCAACCUUGAAGUUGAAGCAACAGAAGGCUUUGUUGAUGAAGGAGAGUCUGCUACUGCUGGUGCUGGUGCUGAAUAUGUUGGUGAAGAUCUUCCAAUUCUUGACGAUGAAGAAGAAGAAGAAGAUGAAGAUGAAGAUGAUGAAGAUUAUGAAUGAUGAAUCAUGAAUGAGAGUCAAGUCAAGAGUGCUUUCAUUUUAUAUGUAUCAAAAACUUAAGAGUUAUGAAUCUAUGGUUGUUGAACACUUGAUUGAAUGUUUUAUCAUUUAUGACUUUAUCACUUUAUGGCUUAUGGCCUUAUGCUUUGUUGAAUGAUAUUGUAUUAUUGUUAUGAAUUUUGAUGUUUAUGAAUGAUGAACGCGUAAGUUUAUAGCAAUAAUAAGUCUAUCAUUAUCUCAAACAUGUUUUCUAUGAACAAUUUAUUAUUUUUAAUUUUUUCUGAUUUUUUUUAUGAAUUUUCCGAAUUUUUUUAAAUUUUUUCUGAUUUAUUAAUAAUUUUUAAAAAAAAUUUACGAUACGGUUACGAUACGUUACGAUACGUUACGAUACGGCGUAUCUUAAAGCCCGACCGAUACGGCUUACGAUACGCGUUUUACAACAUUGACAAUAAGGCAUAAACCAUUGGUUUUCAUGAUUUUAAAUAGCAUAAAAUUUUAAUUUAAUGUGCUAAUUUAUUAAUCAUGCCGGUUUUUAGUGGUUGAGUAAAAUUCUCAAAUUUCAAAAUCCAAUGGCUUCAUGUUUCCCAAAUAUUGUGUUUGUGUGUGGGGAGGGAGAGAGAUGCAUCACACCAAUCCCAUUUGGAACUGGUGUUACCACACAUUUUACUGGUUUUUGAAAAAAAAAAUUAUGCAAAAGCAAUGUGCAUUUUUAAAAACACCAAUCUCAUUUGUGGGACUGGUUUGGCCACAAGCUUUCAGGAUUAACAGAAAAUAUGAGUGUCCCAUCAUAUCCUUAUUUAUUAUUAUAACCAAAACUUUAGGUCUGUAAUUGACAUUUUCCCUAUGUCACAUGGGUGUGAGUGUGGAUGUGGGUGCAAGAUGCAGCAAGUUCCAAAAAAAAUUGGGUGUGAGUGCAGCAAGGGCAUAUGUAUACAUAUACAAUAUGUUAUAUAAGUAAUUAAAGCUUUAAUGGUUUUAUAUGUUUGCAUGUUUAAUUUUUUUUAGGAAAGUUAAUUUAAUCUCACCCAAAAUUUUAUUAAAUAAAAUAACAAAACGAUGAAAACAGCCUGUUUGUCCUCCUUAAAGGAGGACAGUCAAUAGUUUUAGAUGUCCUUUAAUGAAGGCCUAUAACCUUCAUUAAAAAAAUGUAAAAUGUAGACCAAUAAAACUUGAUGUCUUUAAAAAGGAGAUCAGGUUUCUAGUCAUUUGAAAAGGACUUUCCCCCUAACAAAAGAGAGAGAAAGAGGGGAAAAAGAGAGAAAUAAGUGGGAAAAAGGAAGGAAAGAGAGAGUGAAGAGGGAAAAGAUGAGAGAAGAAAAUAAAGGAAAAAAAUAAGACAAAAAAGAAAGUGGGCAUGGUCAGCAGAUCCGGACUCAGUUUGACCAAUUCAGAUGCUGUGUCGGGGCAAACCCACACUCGCAUUGAUGCAGGUGACAUGUUUUUGGUGCAUCUGUGUGACUUUUAGCAUUUUCAUAUAAAAAAUGAAAAACAGCUUGUAUAGAAACUCAAACUUAUCCAAUAACGAAGAG